AUGUCUCGAAGACAUUCUCCAAAUGAAAAAUUAAAAAAUAAAAAUCCUUCAUCUCCAUCUGAUAAUAAUGAUGAACAACGCUAUUGUAUAUGUCAAAAACGUGAAGAUGAAUUAAAUGAUCAAGAUAAUAAUGAUUUUAUGAUUGAAUGUGAUGGAUGUAAUGGAUGGUUUCAUGGAAAAUGUAUUGGAUUAGCUGAUCGAAUUGCUGAUGACAUUGAGAAAUAUUUUUGUGCUGAAUGUUCAAAUCAACAUGGACCUUCAAUUUAUAAACAACGAAAAAAUCAACAUCGACGAGACUAUAGUGAUGCAAAUGCUGAUAAUAAACCAGUAGAAAGUGGUACACCAGCUUUUAUUACUAAAUUAAAACGAAAAGUUUUUCCAAGUUGUACACCUAUUAUAACUCAAUUAAAAGGAAAUCAAGUAAAUGUUGAAUAUUUAAUUAAAAAUGGUUUUACAAAACCAAUAUUAGUUGCAAAUCGUGAUGGUCUUGAACUUUCUCUACCAAGUCGAACAAUAACAUUAGCUGAAAUUAGUGACCUUGUUGGACCUGAUCGUUUUAUUGAUAUAAUUGACUGCGAAAAACAAGUGACAUAUAAAAUGGGUUUAGAUGAAUAUAUUGAAUAUUAUGAAAAUUUUGAAAGAAAUAAAAUAUACAAUGUUCUCAGUUUGGAAAUAUCAAGUACUAAAUUGGGUGAACAAGUUAUAACACCACGACUUGUUCGAGAUUUAUCAUGGGCUACAAUUGGCAUAUGGCCCAUGAAAAAGAACGAUGAAAAAGGUUCAGAUGAAAUCGAUUCAAGUGACUUAAAAAAGAAAGCAACAUGGUCGUUACAAACAACGUCAUCAUCAUCAUCGGCAUCAAAAAAGAAACGUCGAACAGUUUCAUCAACAGAUACAGAUCAAAGUGACGACGAACAGUUUACAGGAAUAAAUCCAAAUCAUUUUGAAAAUUUCGAACGUCCUGAUGUAGCAAAAUAUUGUUUAAUGAGCCCGCAAUCAUCUUAUACUGAUUUUCAUAUUGAUUUUGGUGGUUCAAGUGUUUGGUAUUCUGUUGUUAGGGGCGAAAAAAUCUUUUAUUUAAUUGAACCAACUGAUGAAAAUCUACAAAAAUAUGCUAAUUGGUCACAUUCACCAACCGAAUCUGAAACAUUCUUGGGCGAUUGUGUUUCAAAUUGUUAUAAAAUGCAUCUACGUGAAGAAAAUACUGUUUUUAUACCAGCUGGGUGGAUUCAUGCAGUAUAUACAGUAACUGAUUCGCUAGUUUUUGGUGGUAAUUUUCUUCAAUCAAUGGCGGUUGAUAUGCAACUUCGUAUAUAUGAACUUGAACGUCAUGCACAAGUUCCACAUAAAUUUCAAUUUCCACUAUUUGAAACAUUUCAUUGGUAUGCUGCUAAAACAUAUUUUGAAGAACUUAAAGAAUGUAAUGAAUCUGACUCAUUAUUAAUCAAUCCAAUAACACAACAAGCUUGCGAAUCUAUACUUCAUUAUAUGAAUAAAUGGUUAUCAACUGAUAAACGAUAUCAAAUGCGAAAUCGUUUAAUUAUACCAAAAGGAAUUAAUUGCGAAAAAUUAUUACGUGAUCUUUCACGUGAACUUGAAGCAGCUAAAACACGUUGUGGAUCAGCAUAUCUAUCUAAACCACCAUCAAGUAGUAUUAUUGCAAAUUCCAUUAAAGUUGUACUUCCAAUUGAAACUAAACAAGAACUUGUUCAUCUUAAUAAUACUAAAAUUAAGGUCAAAUGUCGCCAUACAUCACCAGAAUCUGAUAAUAAUAAAAACAAAGAAUUAUCAGUUGGUAAUGGAAUGCGAUUAACAAUUAAAACAUCAUUAAGUGGUUGUCGAAAACCAAAUAAUAAUAGAGAAUUAUCACCAAUUAUAAAUAAGAAAAAAGCUGGACGAACAAUAUCAAAUGUUAAACAACAAAAAAAUUCUAAUACUAAUGAUAGUCCAAUAAAACAAGAAGAAGUACCUAAAAUUAGUUAUACACUUGAUCUCGAAGCAAAACGACAACGUUUUAUUGAACCUUCAACUGUUCAGCCAGUUCAUAAUGAACCUGAUAGCGAUAACAAUACUUCAUCAAGUGAUACAAAUAUUUCAUUAAUUCCUAUAGAAUUAAAUACAGAUAUCAAUGAAAGUCAAGAUAAUAUUGAAUCAUUAGGAAGCAUAGCCGAUGGUGGUCUUGCAUCAUUUGUUAAAAGUUCUACCAUGAAUAAUGAUUUUUAUCAUGCAAAUAAAGAAAUCAAAAUAAAACGUGAGCAUAGUUCUUCCGAUAAAAAAAGUUCUUCAAAAAAAUUGAAAGCAAAAUCUUCGUCAGAAACCGAUAAAAUAAAUAAAUUACCAAAAAAGAUUAAAACUGAUGAUUCAACACCAUCGAAUCCUAAUCGAAAGAAACUAGUUACAACAACAUCAGCAACAGUUCCUAAAUCGUCAUCAUCAUCAUUAACUACUAAUUCAACUGGAACUCCAACCAUUAAAAAACGUUUAUCAUCAUCUACACCAAAGAAACUUAAUUCAAGAGAUCGUUUAGGAAAAAUUCUUAAAAUAGCAAAUAGCAUUAAAUCACGUGGAGGUGUUCUUACUUAA